AUGGCGACACCUGCUGCCGCAGAUUCCACCCUCUACCUCUACACCUCCCUCACAGCCGGUUCCUCACACAUCAUAACCGCGACUUCUCGUCUCGAAACUAUAUUGAAAGCCAAUAAGAUUCCUUUCCGAGCAGUGGAUGUCGCCACUGACGAGAAGGCACGUAUGCUAUGGGGAAGAAGGUCAAAGGGUAGGAAGCUGCCCGGUUUGGUCAAGUUUGGUUCAAUCGUUGGUGAUAUAGAACAAAUUGAAGAAUGGAACGAAUACGGUGAACUCAAAGAGCAAAUCGCUGGAGCCGAUGAAUUUGGUACACUGGGCGUCAGUACUCUGAGUCCGAACCCCGCUACUACUACUGCCACCGACACCGCAGCAUCUACUCCUCAACGCUCCGGUCCAUCUGGUCCACCAUCUAGAGCUUCGUCUGAGACACGUCAUAUCUCCAUUGCAGAGCCCACCAAAGACAAAGAGAAGGAUGCAGCUCAAAAGUCCACAGACUCGCCCGGGAAUCAGAUCCUUCGGCAACUUGGUGCUGAAGCCGCAGCCAAGGCUGCGCAGAAGAAGACAGGAACCACCUCAGCAGCAAAGGUGCCGGUCAAAGCAACACCUUCAACAUCCGACCAGACUCCUACUCCGGCAGCUACAAAACUCUCAGCAGACGCUGCGGUCGAGUCUGCAGAUACUGCCACAGAAGCCACUGCAAGCAAGACUCCCGCACAACUUGCAACCGAGGGUGCAAAACGAACGAGCAUAGACAAGAUUGCAGAAUCUGAGGACGUAGCCACCUCACCAGUAUCGACAUCUCCAACGCAAGCAGGUGAUGCUGGAGAGGCAGCCUCCACCGAAGCUCAAGUAUUGGAAGUCAGAAGAACAAGCAGCAUUGCGAAGACCAAGUCAAAGCUGAGCGAGGCCACACCCGCUGCAGAGAGUGACACCGUGUUGAGUGAUGAAACAGAGAGUAAGACAGCAGUUGAAGACUCUGAGAUCAGUGCAACAGCAGAGCCAGUCACCAGGAAGCAUCGCGGUAGUGAUAUUGGAGAAGCCAGUCCAGAAGAGAUCAGAGCCUUGGAGAAGAAGCUCUCGAUUCCCGAGGAAGAUGAGGAUGACGAGGAAGAUGACGAUGAUGACGACAGCGAGGAUGAUGAUGACGACGACGACGACGAUGAAGAUGAAGAGCCAGACUUGAAAAAGGGCAAAUCCACUACAACAGGCGGUGUUGGUUCGACAGACAAGGCUGAGAAAGAAGCGACCAAAGGACAAGAUCCCCAGAAGGAAGAUCCAAAAGACGACAACAAGGCGGGCGUCAGUGUCGGUGAUUAG